AUGAGAGUUCUGAUUGUUGCCGCCGCCGUCCUCGCCUGCGCCGCAGCCGCGCCUUCUGGCGCUCUGCUGGCUGGACCCUACGCCUCCGGGCUGCUGGGUCAUCAUGGCGCACACCUGGGUCUAGGCCACGCCUCUUUGGCUUUGGGGUCUCAUUUGGCUCUAGGCCACGCCGCUCCUCUCGCAGUUGGCCAUGCUGCCGCCAUCCCUACCAUCCCUCCAGGUGAUCUCCAGGGUGCAGCCAUCGACGCCCAUGUCGAAGCUUCCGACCACGCCCGCGCCGCCGUCGAUGCCGCCCGUGAGUACCACGACCAGGCUUCCGAGCUCCACGUUCAAGCAGCGAACGCUGCUGAAGACCACGCUUGGCAAGCGGUUGACGCUGCCCAGUCCCACAAAGCCGCAGUCGACGGUGCCGCCGCCGGUGUAGCCCCUGUGGUAGCCCGUCAGUUGGCUGGUCAUGGUGCUGCUUACGCCGUAGGUCACGGUCUCGCCGGUCACGGCCUCGUCGGUCACGGUCUCGCCGGUCACGGUCUCGCUGGUCACGGUCUCGCUGGACACGGUCUCGCUGGACACGGUCUGGCUGGACACGGUCUCGCCGGUUCCUUGGUAGCCGCCCACGGUGUGGGUCUGGCUGGUAGCCAUUCCGUCGCCACCUCAUCCCUCUCCCAGACCCAUCCAGCCCCCAUCGUACACGCCCCCGUAGCGUACGCCGGCCAUGGUGCUCUCGCUUACGGCGGUCUCGCUCAUGGACACGGACUUGCGCACGGAUGG